AUAUAAUCUUCAUGGUGACCAUUCAGGUGCAUUUUCAAAGGCCUCAGCCUCUCUCACAUCGUUUAACAUUCUAUUCAAUUAAGCUUCUUCUUUUUCUUUUUUUUUUUAUGGAGCAUUUGGAAGAAGAUGGGGAGUAACUGAUGUAGAUAGGGAAGGAAAUUCUGAAUAUAAAGGAAUAUUAAAUUGGAUCAAUCCAUAUGGCAGGAUAAUCAGAAAGAACAUGUCGCUGGAAGCGCCGUUUUUGCAUAUCGGAAACAAGCAGCCUUCUAUGUUUUCUUGUUUCUGCCAUUACUCCACCAGAAUCGGAGAAUCGGCAAAUCUUGCUUACGUCUUGCUCGUGGCUCUUCUACCUAUUGUGGCAGGCUCUUUGAUCCGCCGGUGCGUCCGUCGGAGAGAAAGGGGACCAGAGAAUGAUUGGAGAAGAGAUACAACAGAUGACGUGGCAGGGAUCAAUCCACCAGGCGGGUUAUGGCAGGAUAAUCAGAAAGAACAAGUCGCUGGAACCGCCAUUUUUGCAUAUCGGAAACAAGCAGCCUUCUAUGUUUUCUUGGUCUUUAACACCUUGGCUUUUACAACGUCAGCUUUUACCAUUUUCUGUUUCACCCAGGGUUUCCCAUUCAGUCCUGAAAUACGACUGGCUGUUGUUUCUGUCGUAGUGACUUAUGCAUGUGCAGUUUCUGCCAUUAUUCCACCUGAAUCGGCAAAUCUUGCUUACGUCUUGCUCGUGGCUCUUCUACCUAUUGUGGUACUGUCUUGGAUCCGCCGGCGCGUUCGUGGAGAGUAAGCAAACGAGGGAAUGUUUUGAGAAACGAUGCAACAGAUGACAUGGUGUAGAGAUUCUAUAAGGACAAAUCUCGGUAGAGUUCUCUUCAUUUUUCCUUUAAUAUAUAAGUGGGAAAUAU